AUGAAGGAAACUAAUGAAGGCUUGCUUGCAUCAACUGCACGUAAAACACUUAUAGCUGGGAUAGUCCUAUGUGUAAUUGGUGCAGCAAUCGCCAUCCCAGUUGCCCUGGUACUAACAAGUUCAACGGCAUCUACAAGUUCAACAGUUUCCAAUGGGUCGUCAUUGUCAACCUCGACCAGUACUACGACAACAACAACAACAUUCAACUCAUCGGAUAAUUUCAACCAUCGUGUUCAACGAUGGGGUCCAAAUGAUACGUCGGGGACCACUGUUGCCGGCAGUGCAAGCGGGACUCUCGGAUGGACAGCGAGUUUACUCAAUUAUCCUACUUCAAUUUAUGUUGACUCAUCGUUGAAUAUGUACAUUCUUGAUAUGUGGAAUUUGCGUAUUCUUCAAUGGUUAAACGGUGCAAGUGGAGGAUCUACUAUUGCAGGCACUGGAGUUCAGGGUAACACAUCAAGUUCAUUUAAUCAGGCUUUUAAUAUGGCUGUAGAUAUGAGUAACAGUCAAAUCUAUUUGGCUGACCUGAUAAAUAACAGAAUCAUGCUUUGGCCCUUUUUUAGCAGCACCAGCUCGUUGAUAAUUCCUCUGAAUGGACUUGUUGGUGUCACAACAGAUGCAUCUGGCAAUGUCUACGCAACGAGUAAUACAGCAAAUACAGUUACUCGUUAUCCGCAAGGUUCAACCAGUGGUACAGUGAUGGUUUCAAGUGGUUUAACCUACCCAUGGAAUCUUCGAUUCGAUACGUAUGGCAACUUAUACGUAGCUGAUGAUGGUGCUGGAACAAUCGUUAUGUUUUGUGCUGGUUUUACGGCCGGUUCAGUUGGUACUAUUGUUGUAAGUGGACUCAACCAGCCACUUGAUGUUGCUUUUGAUUCAGACAUGAAUUUGUACGUUUGUGAAUAUGGAAAUAAUCGAAUAGUGAAGUUUGCCAAAUUACCUUAG